GUCUAGUCCAUCUCAAGUGAUUGACCCACCACCAAAAGCACUCACUCAUUACUCAUUCAUUCAUUCAUUCCAUAUAUCAAAAUCAAGUUAUAACAAUAGCAACACUUACACACAAACCCAACAUCUUAUCUCCUUCAUUAUAUAUACAUAUUUCUUUAUGACUCACAAGAGUUUGUUUCAACUUCAACCCUGAACAAGAAAAAGUGAGACAAAAAAAUGGAUUACUGUGGAGGAAAGAUUGGUGGAAGUGAUCAAAGAGGUGGUGGGCCUUGUGGUGCUUGCAAGUUUUUGAGGAGAAAGUGUGUAAAAGGUUGCAUAUUUGCACCAUAUUUUGAUUCAGACCAAGGAACGGUUCAUUUUGCAGCAGUUCAUAAAGUGUUUGGUGCUAGUAAUGCCUCUAAGUUACUCAUGCGUAUUCCAGCUCAUAAACGUCUUGAUGCUGUUGUUACUCUUUGCUAUGAAGCUCUUGCUAGGGCUAGAGACCCUGUUUAUGGUUGUGUUGCUCACAUCUUUGCACUUCAACAACAGGUUAUGAGCUUGCAGGCAGAGUUAACCUAUGUUCAAGCCACUCUUGCGACAAUGCAGCGCCUCCCAAUCUCACUCGCUCCAUCGCUUCCAAACCCUCAAAGCUCUUCACCAAGUUUUCACUCCUCCUCGGAUCACGUGGGAACAAAUGCAGACAUGCACAGUGCCUCUAACAUGUCCAUGCAUUUUGAUCCUCAUCAGCCACUUUCAUCAUUGGACUUGAGCAGCUUCUUCAAUCAAUCAGAUCAACAACUUGAUGAUGAUGAACUCCAAGCUUUGGCUCGAGAAUUUGUCUCUAGGUACUUGCCUGGAGUAAGAUUUCAGCCAUCUAAUUCUCACUAAGGUUUCUAUAGCUUGUAAUUUUUCUUUCUUUUUAAUGUUGAAGCUUUUGUUUUGGAAUUGUCUAAUGAAAUUAUAACUUCACCUAAUUUCCUGAGCAAGUUACUAAUUGUACCUGAUCGGUUUGUACUAGUUUCAACAUGAAGAAUUAUGUAACCAAACUAGGGACAUUGCGCCCUUUCUUUUGCAGAUAAGUUUUCUAUUUCCUUUUAUUGAUUAAAGACAAACAAA